AUGAUCUUCUCUUCGCCAUUCCAGAUCGAAAUUCCUCAGCAGGAUCUCCUCAGCUUCCUUUUCGCUUCGGACAGAUUUCAGGAGGAUGAUGCGGUCUGGCUCAGCCCUUCCAACCCGACAGUCACAGUGACGAAAGGCAAGGCACGGCAGCUAGCACAGCAGAUCGGAUACAGCCUCCGAUCUCGCGGCAUUGGCCAGCAUCGUCCAGGCCACGAUGUUGUCAUCCACUUCGUCGAGAAUCAGGUCAUGAUUGCACCCACAGAGUUUGGCACAUUGUGCGCCGAAGGUAUAUGUGCAACAUGUCCGCCGACCGCCACGGCUUUCGAGCUCGCACGGCAAAUGAACCUCUCUGGCCCGAAGAUCCUCAUCUGUUCGCCGCAAACACGGGCCGUGGCAGAGGAUGCGCUACGUCAAUGCGAAUUGAAGGAAUUGCCAGAGCUUAUGGUGAUGCACUCGCCCACUCUUGACAUCAAAGAGGCGAGGACAGGGCAGACGAUCUUAACGUCACAACAGCUGUCUUGGAAGCCUAUCACGGACCCUGCUGUCCUAGCAGACCGGACAGCAUGCCUGAUCUACUCCUCCGGCACAACAGGACUGCCGAAAGGAGUGCGGUUGAGCCACGCCAAUUUUGUUGCCAACAUAAAACAGAUCAUGUAUCACUUUGAGCCUCGUUAUCGACUGAUCCGCUCCGAGGGAAGAUACCCGGCAAUGCCUGGCGUGCUUCCCAACUCGAAUGCGGCCGGCGUUAUUCUACAUGCCAUGUUGCCCCUUGCGAUAGGCUGGCAGGUCUACCAAGUCCCCAAAUACGACCUGCCGCUGCUAAUGGAAUACGUGCGCAAAUUCAGGCUCUCGGUUCUGUUCCUCGCGCCGGCCAUUUGGCAAAGAAUCGUCAACGAGUACACUAAAGACGACCUGAAGUCUGUUCGAUUUGGCAUGUCAGGCGGUUCGCUGCUGACCAAUGAUCUUCGAUCGGCCGUGAGCGAUAUGUUCCCAGAAGGCAUUGGGCUCAUCUGCAAUUGGGGUAUGACCGAAGCUACAUGCGAAGCCACCCAAUUCCCACUGCAUGAGAUCGACACGGAGGAAAGCACUGGACGUCUGAUGCCGAACAUGCUAGCCAAGGUGAUUGACGAGAAGGGCAGCGAGCUCGGCAAAGGUCAAAUGGGCGAAUUGUGCAUAAAGGGACCAAAUGUGACAAAGGGCUACUUCAAUAAUGCCAAAGCUACGGCCGACGCCUUCACGCAUGAUGGCUUCCUCAAGACAGGUGACAUUGCGGUGGUUGGGCAGGAUGAGAAGGUCUUCAUCAAAGGAAGGUACAAGGAGUUGAUCAAGUACAAGGGCAAUCAAGUCCCGCCGGUUGAGCUCGAAUCAGUCAUCAUCACUGUGCCAGGCGUCAGGGAUGUCGGGGUGAUCGGUGUCCCGCAAGGGGAUGGGAAUGAGCUCCCCCGAGCCUAUGUCGUCCGCGAGAGCGCGGCUUGCACGACUGAUGCCAUCAACGACGCCAUCAAGUUGAGACUUGCAAACCACAAAUGGCUGAGGGGCGGCGUACGAUGGGUCGAUGAAAUUCCCAGGAAUACCAUCGGGAAGAUCGAUCGAAAGAUCCUGGGACAAUGGUGUGAAGGCGAGACCAGGGUCAACGGCGGCACAAGCUUGACUGCCAGGCUCUGA